AUGAGCCAAUGGCCAGAGACCGAGGAUUAUAUAAACAGCCUUCAAAAUCCUUCGGGUGGUGAUCACUUCAUAUUUUUCCGUUUGAAAGAGGUAAGCAUUUCCAGAGACCUUUCAAAUUAAAAAAGAUUGAAGUUGCCGGCCAGUUCUUCUUUGCAAUAUUCAGUGGAACACUAUAAUACAGUGACAUGUUACCACCAACCGGAAGAUGCUAAUAGGUAGAUUUAAGUGUGAAUUUUAACAAUAUGAAGCUCUUACUGUCUGACAUUAGGUCGACUUUGGACUAAAAAUGCGUCCAGCCGAAAGGAACCGUGUGGAAAAAAGUUCUGUAUAAUUUUUAAAUUAGGGUUAUCUAGAUUGGCUGAGCAAAGUACGAAUAAUUUAAGGUGGCCUUGCCCUCUAUGUGUAAAUGCUCUUAUAAUACGCCAGUUAUGACCAACUUCUAACACAUCGAAUAUCAACACAACCUUUAGAAAUAUUCAUAUGCAACAUAAACUUGUUGUUUUAAAUGGCUGUUAAUAUUGCGAUUAAAGCGUUAAGUUAGCAUUUAUACGACACUGCAUUCGAGUCAAAAUUAUUUUCCUUCCUUUUCUUAGCCUCGGUUGAAUUUAAAAUAAUACGCCGCUGCAGAAGAUGUCGACAUUUUUUUGAAAAACAUCGCAUCCAAAACCGAACCUUGUCUACUAUUAAUAUAAAUGGACAACAUUCGUUUCAAAUUUCUUAUUUGUCAACAAGAUUGCUUUAGUUUUACUAUAAAUAAACAUGGUACGGUUGCAGCAGGACCACCGAUGAGAGCGGUACUCACCAACGGUGAUACGGGGGACAAUCGACACCACCUUGUUUGUAAUGCAUCUUACAUUUUCAUAAUGUUUAUUUCUGCGACAGGUACCACUGUGCGCAUGGGUUUCUGCCACUUCGUCUGGUAGUUUAUUUGUCUGAAAUAACUGUCUGUUAGACGCAGUGUUUUAAAGAAUCAAAUUAAAAUUUGCACGCCAAAUCAAUUUGGAAACACGACUCCUUAUUAGUAGAGAGUUGGAAGAAACAAAUUCUAGACUUGCACGGCAUUAUAUCAAUAGAUAAUUUGCCGUUUAAAUAUGAACUUAUAUCUAAUAAUUCAGUUGUGGAACUACUUUGUAAGCUUCUUUACUUAAAUUGGGUUAAUAGCCGUCUUAAAUAUCGAAUAUACAGCGGGUUACAUUUGAUGAUUAAGCAUAUUUAACUUUAACCUGGACUAUAAAUUAGCUGUCAGACUUCAAAUUGUAGCAAGUAUUUGCUGUAUGUACCUAAGUAUCUUCUACAAGACCACAGAGUUUUCUAUCACGUCAUUGUAUGUAAUUAUUUCGAAGUAAUGUUUUGUAGAGAGGAAAAUGAAUAAAACUUACAUGUCUCCUUAUUUGCAAGGUUUCAUAUAAAUGCUUUACUACUUAUCUGACAGAUUUUUUUCUUUAGGUGGAGGAUGAUAUCUACACAUCUGCUUGUCUCGAUUUCUCUUGUAUGCUGUGGUGUUUUCUUACAAAGUCCUCGAGUAGCUACUGUCAACGUUCGUCGUCAGUUAAUGGAUCUUCUUUUGUCCGAAUACGAUCCUUCUGA